CGUUAGGGCUGAGUAGGUUGUCGCCUUUUUGCGUCGUCAUUUCCAACUAUGUUUCUCAUUUAUAAAAUGAAACGUUUUCUCAUAAAAUAGUUGUCACAAUCUUUAACAAUGAGUAACAUAUGUAGGGAGGUCAUCACGCUUCAGCUGGGCCAUUAUUCCAACUUCGUGGGCACUCAUUGGUGGAAUAUACAGGAUGCAUCCCUGUCAUAUGACCCAGAGAUGCCACCUGGAGACUUCCAGAGUGAUGUCAUGUUUCGUGAAGGUCAAACUCUUGGUGGCAGCAUCACCUACACUCCGCGCCUCAUUUCCAUGGACCUCAAAGGAAGUCUACAAACUCUACGGCAGGAGGGAAGUCUGUAUGAUACUAGCAAAGAAACAUCUGCUCUUUCCUGGGAUGGAAGCCUAAUGGUUCAUAAAGAAAGCCCCCCUGCAAAAAAUGCCUUUCUUGAAGAUCUGGACAAGUUGGAUUGUGGGGACAUACUGACACUUCCAGGUUUUUCAACCAGCUCCCGAUCUUCAUGUUCUCUAAGUGUGGAUACUGUCAAUAGUCAGCUUGCUCGAGUCCAGAAGAAAUACAGCUUGGAAGGUAGCGUCAAGGUCUGGUCAGACUUCCUACGCAUCCACUUGCACCCUCGGACCAUCUCUGUUAUCCAUCAGUACAACCAUGAUGGAGAGGCUGAUCGUCUGGAGGCUUUCGGCCAGGGGGAAGCACUGCUGCAGGGAGCAGUGCUGGAAGAUCUGGAUGACAAAUUGCAUUUUUUUGUUGAGGAGUGUGACUACUUCCAGGGUUUCCAGGUGCUCUGUGACAUGACAGAUGGCUUUGCAGGUCUUGGCUCAAAGGUCACAGAAAUGCUCCAGGACGCGUACGGUGCUCGAGGCAUCCUAACUUUUGGAACGGCUCCCAUCAGUCACCCAAAUUCACAGACUCCAAUGAAGGACCUCUACCAUCUGUUGAAUUGUGCGUUGGGGAUGGUCCACAUGGCCAGUCACAGUUCCUUCUUCUGUCCGCUGACCCUGCGAGGAGGACUGGGUCUACGCCCGGCGUCUCCCAUAAGCUUCCCUUACCUAAACUAUGACCCGUCACUUUGGUACCACUCCAGCUCUGUCCUGUCUCUCGCUUUGGAUGCGCUCACUGUGCCGUACAGACUGAGGAGCAACUCCGUCCCCAUGUGGCAGCUGGCAGACUCGCUCUCGACGUCGGGGAGAAAGGUGGUGGCAGCUUACGGCGCCGUCCCGUUUCCAAUGAUGCACGGGAGCUCUCUCCCUGAUGCCCUGAGUGCUUGUGAAUCGUUGCCAUGGAAACCGCUGUCAACGUGCGCCGAAGCAGGUGACGGUCGAUGCUAUGGCCAGUGGGUGACACUCAAAGGCUUGGAAGGCCAAAGACUAACCAGUUCUGUUGCUCCAGGGAUGGAACCGCCAUCUCCUCUUCACAGCCUCCACAACGGGGAAGAUGUUCUAGCAUCUUACAUCACAUCUUUCUAUCCUACAGCUCCUUUAGCUCUGCAGUUGGUAUCCAGGCCUAGCAAAUUGACCCCACCUUUCCCUCGGAUAUUCAGUCAGGCCCUGACCGAACAAGGUCUACAGCAGGACCUGCUUCCAACUAGUUCUCAAGUCUCCUCUGUCCCGGUCAUCACGUCCCUCCAGUCGGGGCCAGCGUUGGACCCGUGGCUCUCAGAAUUGCAUCGCAGCAUCAGCGCUUUCGACAUCCGUCGCGUGGCCCCCAGCUUUCUUUCCCAGGGUCUCGAAAUGGCCGACUACAGCGAGGCACUAGAGGAGUUGCGCUUAUUGGCUCGAAAAUAUCGGGACGAUAGCAGUGGAACAACGCGGUCGUCUUCUGAUGAGGAGGACGACGACUGAUGGGGAUUGGACAUGAGGAUGGAUGGACUUUUUGUUUACAUCAUGCUUACACUCCCUUUUAAAAAGGUACCAAGCAUUUUCUAGUACAAACAGUAAAGGAAACUAAGAAAUCAUGAAUGAAAACAAUGGAGAGGCCUUUUUUUUUAUUUGAAAUAAUGUUGAAGAGCUUUCACAAAAGGUGAAAUGUGUAUUCCAAUCGAGCACAGCAGUACAUAUUUAGCAUCGACAUUUAGGACAAAAACAUAUACCACCAAAUUAACUUAAAAAAAAACUUGAGUCUCACAGACUGGAAUUUAAAAAGCCUCCACUUUUGGGUCUACGGGAAAGGAGAAAAAUGUUAAAGCAAAUGAAAUGGGAGAUGUGCAUAAGACAUCAAGAGCAAGUAUCUUGGUUGAACAACUACCUAUCAAAAACGUCAAGUAACUCAUGUUGAGCGUAAUGCAAAAGUGGGAGGGGACACACGAGGAGGGGGUGACAGACAGUCCAAAAAAACUACGAGCGGGAACGAGAGCGGGACUGGGAACGGGAUUUGGAGCGGGAUUUGGAACGUGAGACCGAACGGGAAGCGGAGCGGGAGCGCUCUUUGACGGGGCUAGGCGAGCGGGACUUGGAUUUAGAUUUGGACCUGGCUCUGGAUUUCGAAUCGGCGGGGGAGCAGGAGCGAGAACGCCGCUCCUGUUCGCCUGCCUCGUCUUCGCUCUUGGGAGGGUCACGACCCUUUGAUGCAGACUUCCUGGAGACUGAACGGGAGCGAGAUCUAGAUCGGGAUCUGGACUCGUCGUCGUUGCUCUUCUUUGCCUCUUUCUUGCUCUUCUUGCUUCUGGGGCUGCGGCUCCUACUCUGCUCUUUGUCCUUUCGGUCCCCGUUGCUGCGCUCGUCUUCCUUCUUGCUCUUUCCUUUAGUCUUCUUGCUGGUGGAGUGACUGCGGGAACGGGAAGCAGGCCUGCAGAAAAAAAAGGUCAUUAGACACUAAAUAAGAAAUCUGCAAAGCGUGCCUGUAUUUAUUUAAAUCCUAUUCCUCCCUUUAAGCAGUACACCGAACGAAACUACGGCACAGUUUGACGUCUCACCUGGAGCGGGAGCGGCUGCGACUGCUGCUUUCACUGCGGCUUCGGCUCUUGCGGGACCUGCGGCUCCUGGAGCGGGACCUGAAUUUACAGCAGUGAACCAUUUUGUGAAACAAACACUAAAAUACCAAAUAACACCAUCAUUUUCCCGUGUUGUGCUUCGUACCUAGAACGGCUUCUGCUGCGCGAAUAGGAACGGCGGCGCUUCGCUCCGGGGCGGUCUUCAAUGAGACGGAUCUUUCUGCCGUUGACCUCGGUGCCAUCCAACUUCUCCAGAGCCCGCUUCAUGUCAGCGUAGAGCCUGAACUCGAUCACCCCUUCGUUCUUUCGACCCUUGUGCGUAUCGGCGUAAGUCACCUCCCCUGCUUGCCUCAUGUAAUCCUUCGGGAUAAAAAUAGCCAUUUUUAAUUGCAGUGACAAUAUCUGUGUCCAGUACUACUUUCAAAUAAUAAAACGUACCUUUAAGUCCUGCCAGCUGCAUCGGCUGGACAGAUUCUCAACAAUGAGUCGAUAGUCCGUCCUAAUAGGUGGACCAUAGCGGUCUCUCCCCCAACGUCCUCCGUAACCACCUUGCAAGGUAACAAGGAUAGAGCAACAAAAUGAGGACCGCAUAGCAAUAGAGAUGCGCUUAUUAUUUUGAACUCGACACUAUUCUACAAAUACUUAAAGCCACUCUGACAGAAAUAAAAAAGACUGGGAAAUUUUAAGUUCAUAAAAUAACUUAAAAUAAUAAAAAAAAAAAGAAUAAAAUCUAUAUACAUGUACGAAAAUUGUCAAGUUUAGCUAAU